CACUCGCUGCCGCUGCUGGGCGCGCAGGUCACCGAGCUCACUGACGGGGUCUUCAUUGUCAUAUCCUUCAACCACGUCGCCGGCGAUGGGUUCACCUGUUGCCCCGCGGAAUUCAUCAAGCGGGUGUCCGUCGAUCCUGCCGCUCGAUCCCACUACUUCUUCCACCUCUCAUCCGACACCGUCAAGAAACUCAAGGCCGAGGCCAACGAAGAGAUCGCCGGCGCCGGCGCCGAUGAUGCCAAGAUCUCAUCCCUACAAGCGGUGUCAGCGCACUUGUGGAGGUCAAUCACACGCGCGAGAAAGCCCCACCCGCAAACACCAGCCGUACACCUAACAAACAAAGGACUAGGAGCCGCAGCGUUGCUACUGAACAAACAGAUAGCGGCUUUUUCUAAGGAGGAGGUGUACAAUGAGGUUGAGAAUUGGGGAGGGAAUCCGAAGAUUCGUUACUUGGAUUAUGAUAACGGGAUGAUGAUGUACACUGGAGGGUCGCCGAGGUUUGAUGUGUUUGGGUGUGAUUUUGGAUGGGGACGUCCGGUGGCGAUGAGGACCGGGAGGUGGAACGUGGCGGAGGGGACCGUCGGGGUUUAUCUGGGGGCGGAGGAGGGGAGUUUGGAGUUGGACGUGCAUUUGGCGAAGGAGACUAUGAGCGCUUUGUUGAAGGAUGAGGAGUUUAUGAAGACCGUGUGUUUGAGUCCACAUUAG